AAAAAUCAAACAACAAUAAGCGCUGGAAUAUGUUAAAUGGAAUAAAGCUGAAAUAAAAAAAUCUCCGGCCGAAAAAAGAAUUACAAAUGAAAAGAUAACCUUCGCCGCAACUUAACUCUACUUCAUUAAACGCACAUAAUUUACAUUCCAAACAUCAUCCCGCCCAGGCAUUAGAGGCUAUCACAUUCGCAAUCCAUCAACAUGGGCAAAGAUCAGGAAUUCUUAGAGGCAGCACGCAAUGGCAAUAUCUCGUAUAUUGAGAAAGUACUUAAUCAAAAGGCCAAGAGGGCGGGCCCGUUGGCCAGUUUAAGGCGUGGCACUGGCGUCAAUGUACAAGAUAGUGGUGGCUAUUCAGCUUUACAUCAUGCCUGCCUUAAUGGACAUACAGAUAUUGUGCGAUUAUUGCUCAAUCAUGAAGCAUCGCCAAAUUUACCCGAUAUGAGAGGUUCCUCACCGCUGCAUUUGGCAGCGUGGGCGGGCGAGGAGGAAAUUGUCAAAAUGCUGCUAACACAUCCUUAUCGCCCAGCAAAUCCUGACUUGCAAACCAUCGAAAAGGAGACACCUUUGCAUUGUGCGGCACAACAUGGACAUACGGGAGCCUUGUCCAUUCUGCUGGCCCAUGAAGCUGAUCCCAAUAUGAGAAAUACCCGAGGAGAGACUCCGCUGGACUUGGCCUGUCAAUAUGGCCGUUUACAGGCAGUGCAAAUUUUGAUACGGGCGCACCCUGAACUGUUGGCACCCUACACAGUGCAGGCCACUGAAAAUCAAAGUAAUAAUCGUUCAAGACAUUCCUCUCCCUUGCCACAUUCAGGUUCAAUGUCUACACCCUCACCUUCAUCGCCAGCCACACCCAACAGAUGUGUGUUCUCUCAUACCUGUCUCCACCUGGCUAGUAGGAAUGGUCACAAAGCCAUUGUGGAUGUUUUAUUGGGGUCAGGGGUAAAUGUUAAUCUGCUGACACCCUCGGGAUCGGCUUUGCACGAAGCUGCCCUGUGUGGCAAGGAGACGGUGGUAAGGACUUUACUUAAAGCUGGAAUUGACUUGAAUGCCACCGAUGCUGAGGAUCGAACAGUUUUGGAUAUUUUGAAAGAAUUUCCACCGCAUGUAACCAAACACAUAAUAGAUGUCAUAAAUAAUUUCCGCAAUCAAAUGGAUACCGAUGAUGGCGACGAAGUGAUAUAUCGCCAUCAGCAGCAAUCCAAUUCAACACAGCCACGAAAUCAUGCCGGCAACUCGACCAGCCACCAUCAGAAGCAGCAGCACAACAACCAUUACCAUUUCAAUUCGAACAACCAUCUACUGAAUCAUUCCCUGUCCAUGCAGCAGUCCUCGUAUAGCAAACAACGAUUUAGUUCCGGUGCCACCUUCAAUGGGGGAGGUAAGUCCUUGGAUAGUGGGCUACAGCUGGAUGAUACAUCAAGCAGUACGGGAGGAACGGGUGGUGGCGGCAGUGGUGGUCAAAGUGCUGGCAAUCGUUUCUAUCAUGACACGCUAAGUUCGCCCGUUCGCAGUCAAUCGAACACAUCACAGAAUGAAAUGGGUGUUAGUCCCUCGUCUUCGAUGAGCAGCUUUGAACCAUCCUCGGUUUCACCUCGAUCAAGAUGUUCCACGGGCGGUGUUUCCAGUUUUGUGGGCAACCCGCCAACACUGAGCAGUUUCGGUCCGGCAGCACCACCCAAAAAACCACCACGGAGAAAUCUCUCUGUAUCGCCUACAAAUAGCGGCCAACCCUUUAGCUACACUUCGCCCAAUCAUCAGCAGCAGCAACAACAACAAAACAAUUUCAGUCGUAGUCAAACCCGUAGCCCUUCGAAUGACAGUCCCUUCUCGCAUCAAAGUCAUGGCAGUGUUAGCGGUAUGAGUUUUGACGAAUCUCAGCUAUGUGAUCGUCAGCGGGGCAGCCGUCUCUUUGCCAGUGCACGAGAGACCACAAGAUCUUCAGCAGGUAUAUCAUUAAGCUCAAGCACCGAUAUGUUGGAAAAACGCCACCUCACGGGUGAUAUUGAAAACCUUGUGCCAAAUUCCAAUCAGGAUAUGAGCAAUUCCAUGAAGAGACCAAAGCCAGCACCAAGAAAUUUGAAUAAUAUAUCAGCGGAUACUGGUAAUAGUGAUAAUGCCACAUUGAAAUCAUAUAAUCCAAAUCGGAAAUUGAAAAGGAACCGCAAUAGCUAUUCCAUAACCCUCGGCGAUAAUAGUGAAAACGAUCCAAACCAACCACAAAUUCCACAGAGUCCAACCAACUACAAACAACCACCGACCCCCGAUCAUCCGCCACCAUCAUCGAGUCACGCUGAGAAAGUCAUACAUGAACGCAUUCGACCAUUGAGCCAGGAAUAUAAACGCCGGUCGGCAUUGUUACAAUUGCAAAAACAACAACAACAAUUGUUGAUUGAUAUCGGCACAUCACCUCUGAAACAAUUAAAUUCGAAUACCACUCCGAAGCCAACAUCAAAUUACGACUACGCCUACAUUCAGACCGCGGGUACGAACAUGGACACACUUUCAUCGAAUAUUUAUUCCACAAUUGGAUCGGGACCAGUUCGAGGUUCAAUGGGUUCGCUCAGUUCGAGUAUAUCGCUGUCCGAUCACAGUGGUUCCACCGAUAAUGUUGAAGAAUUUGUGAGCGACCAACCUUUGGCUGGACUACUCAAAGGCUCCACGGCUGCCAUGAAUAAUGGCAAUAAGAAAAUUGAACCUGCCUAUGCAACGGUAAAUAAAAGCGCCAAAAUGCAACCACCUCAAGUUCAACUACCACCUCCAAGGCCACAACAACAAUUGCCACCAAAUACACAGGUACCAGUCUAUGCCACGAUUCACAAGAAACGGGGCAUCUCCACGACAGCGCACAGUAGCAAUGAACCCAACGUGGCCAAGGCAAGGCCACCAAUUCCUGCCAAACCCAUUAUACCCGAAAGGCGUUUAUUUAAAGCUGCUGCUCCGCAAGUCCCCAACAUGGAAUGCCAAGAGUCUGGAAACCCAACGAAUGAUGGCCACAACGACUUGGAUUUAGACCAGGAAAUGACAAAUGAUUCGGAUGAUCUGUAUGAAGAAUUGAAUGAACCAAAAACGGUGGUCGAAAACAACAUUCCCAAAGUUAGUGAAGCGAAAGUGGAGAGCAAGGAAACUGUUAAAGCAGCGGAAACGAAUGACACUCUACUUAGUCAUCAGAGUUCGGUAAAUAGCUCAUCAAUUGAGGACCAAUCACAGACGACUACACAGACCACAUCGUCCCAGCCCACAACUACCACCACAGAAAGUUCAAAUGAGGAUAGUUCUUUGACCAACAACAGCAACAACACCUCGUCAACCUCGCAUGAGAGCAGCAUCCUUAGUCCCUUCAAUGCUGAGGAGGCCCGCAAGAAAAUUUCUGAGAUUUUAGAAUCAUUUGGCAGCAGUAUUUUAAAUUCGGAUAUCUCGCCCACAAAUGAUUUGGAUUUCGAUGAUGUUGAAGUUCCUGUCGAGCGCCAGGAGUUGACAAGCCGUCUGCGCAAGGCUGGACUGGGCCAACUCGAAAAGAAGCUGCUCGAGCAUGGCUAUGAUAAUUAUAAGUUUAUGAAUGGUGUCUUGGAGGAAGGUGAUUUGGAGGCAAUGCGCAUUACCAAACAGGAUGGUGCCAAGUUACUAAGAUUUGUGGCCACCUUACCCAAGGCUGCAUUUCCAUCACAGGUUCCACUGAGGUCUCAGCAGGAAAAUAAGACCAGCAAUGAGAUAAAGGGUGUUGGCUCACUAAAUCAGUGGCUAAAUGCCAUACAACUACCCCAGUAUAUAGACUCAUUCAACAAACAUCUCUACAACACCCUGGAUAGUGUCUGUGGCGUUUGGGAUGUGGAGUUGCAAACGGUGCUGGAAAUCAAUAAACUGGGUCAUCGUCGACGCAUCCUGCAAUCGAUUGCCUUCAUCAAACAGAUGCGUGAACCCAAAUCAGCCAAAACACCUUUGGGUGAAAACAAUGAAACGAAUAAAAUUCCUACAACUGGUGGUGGCGGCGUUGCUCAACGUCAGUCUGCCACCGGGUAUCGCAAGAAUAGACCUGCUCCACCACCACCCACUCAGAAGGCCACCCAACAGACUCCCUCUUCGACCCAAUCGUUGGAGAUACGUGCACCCUCGGAAUUGCUAUUGGGUUUACCCGAUAAUUUACGCACAAAAUGGCGUCAUUCAGCAAAUGAUUUGCUCAAUGAUCAAAUUAAAUAUGAAGUUUAUUAUUUAGGCUCAACGGUUGUGAAGGAACUGCGCGGCACCGAAUCGACGCGCAAAUCCAUACAAAAACUCAAACAAGACGCCCAACACACGACUGCUACCAACAUGCUAAUGUCUUCCCAGUCAGAAACCAAUGCUGCCCGUAAUCAAUCAUUUAACAAACAGAAACGCAUUCUUGUGACACUGGCCAUCUCGCAUCACGGCGUGGAAUUUCUGGAUGUGAACACGAAGAAUACAAUUUGUGAACACGAGAUACAGAACAUAAAUUGUGCAUGCCAAGAUGCGGAUGAUUUAAGACAUUUCGCCUACAUCACCAAGGAGAAUGAGGUGCACUAUUGUCACGUGUUCUAUGUGGAGAGUCAGGACCUAGCCUCCGAUAUCAUAUUGACGCUGGGACAAGCUUUUGAGGUGGCCUAUCAGUUGGCUCUGCGUGAUGGCAUAACCUCAACCCCACUCUCCACACUAAAUCACAGCAUACUACAAGGCUUGGACUACUCCAAACAAACAGCUUCGGCAAGUAGCAGUAAGACUCAAGAAGCGUAAGAUGACCAAUUCAAACACAACUUUCAAAGACUUUUUAAAAGAAUUUGAUUUUUUGUUAUUAUUUUUGUUCUUUUUUUCUAAACAUUAAAGUAUAUACAAUAUAGUAUCGAGAUAACUAUUAUAAAAUAGAUUUAAGACAAUAGACCAAAAACAAAACAACAAACUUUAGUUUAUUAGCUACGGGAAUAGAAGAAGAACGAGGAAAUGUUCAAACCAAACUAAAGAAAAAUUGAAAUGAAAACAAAAAAGUUAAACGAUUCUAGUCUCUGUAGAAGCAUAGGGCGCGAGUAUUUGUUAGUCCCCAUGUGUUUUUGUGUAUGAAACACACAGCAACAACAACAAACAACAAAUUUCGAAACAUUUUGCACAAAAUGACAACUCUAUACAAUAAUAAUUAUAAUAAUGAUAAUGAAUGAAUUUGUAAAGAUUUUUUUCUACCUAAGGAAUUUUUAGCACAAAUGUUUUUAAGUGUUUUUUUCCAAAUCGCACAAUGUUAACAGUAACAAAAGUAAUGGAAUGAAUUAGAUAUUUAUUACAAAACAAAUGUAUUUAUAAAACGUAUAUAAUUUAUUAUUUUUAAUUGAGCUUAAAACAAUCAAAUUAAAUUAUCUCGUUUUUGUUUUUGUUGCUUGUCAGAGAAAUGCAUGAUUUUGUUAUUCUCGUUCAUUAUUUUCCAUCUUCGAAGUCAUCAUCAUCCACUUCCCGACCAACCAACCAACCAACUCACCAAAUUUUCUUCCUUUCUCUCUUUUUCUAUCUCUCCCACAUUUCUUCAUGCCUCCCCUUUUGUAGUUCAUCCAUAAAUAUCGAUAUUUUUCAAACAUCUUUCAUUAAUUUAUGGAUCAUAUUGAGGAAAAUUUUAUCCAUACCCCCCAAUUGGUGUACCCGGACAUUUUCAUGAUUGAUAUUUAAUUUUAAUUAUUUUCACAAUAGGUAAGCAGUUAUAUUUCUAUUAAAAAAAAAUAUUAUUUUUAUUCAGGAUGUAGGUUAUGUAUUUAAAAUUGUUAUGAACUAUUGGUAAUGAAGAACAGACGAAGAUUUCUAUUUUAUUUUUUUUUUUUCGCUUCAAUACAGCAAAUUGAUAAAAUACAUAGAAUAUGAUAUGGAAUAUGGUCUAAAGGUUUACAUCUGUUUCUGAUAAUUUUAUCGGAACAUUUAAAAUGCGACGUAAAAGCCAAUGGAGCCACCACAUCAGAUAUCUUCUUCGACGAAUAUUAAUGAUAUUGGUAAAUCCACAAAGAACCUUGCCAUGCAAUGGUAAAUUUGUAGGUUUAGAAUAAAACAUAGAAUAAGUGCACCAAAUUCUUGUGUCCCACAGAGGGCUUCAAAAUAACUAAAAUGUCUAGCAGCAAAGUGAAAAUUUUAAAAUCGGUUCUGGCUGCAAUUUUUAAUUCCACAACUCAAAAUCAUGAUAAAUUCGGUUUAAACAUUCAGUUAUCUCCACUAUGAGAAAAGCAUAGAUAAACUAAGGGUUUGAAAAUGUCAAAUAUUUGGGUAAGCGAUAUGUCAGAACUUAUGCUACUUAUGUGUGACGAAUUCCUAUACCGUCAGCAUUACAGCUACUGAGGAUAUCAUUUGAUACAGCCGAAAAUUUGUCUCAUCAAAAUAACGGUCUCUUUGGAACAAAUGCGUUCCGUGAGGCUGACUGGCUGGUGUGCACGAUAACUCUCGAAGGUAGUAUCCGAUUUCGUCUAAACUGGUAUAUCGUAAUAUAACUAUCAAACAGAUUGCGAAAAAUCAUUAUUUAGUGGAAAGGGUAUUAUGUCUCUGAGCAUUUGUUUGUAACAUGGGCAAGGAAGCGAGAUAAACCCAUAGUUACCCUUAAGGAUCUCCCUUAUAUAUCUUCAACCGACAUAAGAUAUGGCUCGAAAAUACCCCUGUCAGAUUUUGUCGAGAUCGGUUCAAAUUAGAAUAUAGCUCCCAAAUAUAUUUUUAUCCGAUAUCAGGUUUAUUGUGCACCAAAUGGCUAAUAUCAGUCCAAAUGGACUGAAUUUUGGCAAUUCGGACUGAAUUCAUCAUAGAAACUAGUGCUUCUAAUUUCGUGAAAAUCGGUUCAGAUAUAUCUAUAGCUUCCUUAUAUAUGUUCAAUCCAAUUUGGGUGUUUAAGUCCCUCACAUGCGUAAUAUCAGAAAUAAGUGUUUCAAUUUCAGUUUUGGAUAUAGCUCCCAUAGAUAUCCCUAUCCGAUUUCAGGUUUUUUGUAGCUCAAAUGGCUAAUAUAGAGUGAAUUUUGACACUUCCGACGGAAUUCAACCUAAAAGCAAGUGCUUCAAAUUUUGGUGAAAAUCGCUUCAGGUAUAGCUAUAGCUUCCAUAUAUAUGUUUCAUCUGAUUUUCUGUUUAAUUCCCUAAAUUUCGUAAUAUGCAUUCGACAACAAAGAUAUUUGGUUCCCGAUAUCUUAUAGAGCUCAGAAAUACCACUGCCAAAUUUUGAUCGGUUCAGAUUUCAACCGAUUUGGUACGCACAAGAAUGAUAUUUGGUAACAGAUAUCUUAUAAAGCUCGGAAAAGCAUUUGCCAAAAUUUAUCGAGAUGGGCUAAGAUUUGGAUAAAUAAAUUAUUCGAUUUAUAUAUCCUUCAUCCGAUUUCAGGUUCAUUGCACAAAUAAUGGCUAAUAUAAGCCUACAUGGAGUGAAUUUCGGGACGUACGUUUCCAGUUUGUUCAACUCAAAAAUAUUUGUUUUUUUAAUAAAACCCUCCUCCAAGUAAUAUCAUGCACUCUAUAGCAAGCUAUAACUGCUCUAAUGCCAAAUAUUGGUAGGUGGUGUGAUCUACUUGAAAUAAAUUCUUUUGUUACGGGAGCUCAACUAAAUAUGCAUAGUGGUAGAGGGUGUCAUAUAGUCGGCCACGCCCCACUUUUGACUUUUCCUUACUGGUUUGUUAUAGAUCUAUAUAGUGGUUCCUACUGAUUUUCAAAGCUCAUAAGCUGAAGAAUUCCAGCCUUAUAAGCUAAAAUGGUCUGUGAAGUUUGGUCUCACAUCGGAUAUUCGAACAGCAGAGGGUUUGAGAUGUUUUCAAAAACAAGAAUGAUGAGCUGUCUGAAUUCAAAUCAGAGGUUAUAAGACCCUCAUGCAUUGUUCGGGAUGAAAAGAGGGCUUAUUUACAUAGUAAAUAUAAUCAGUCCAUACAAUGUGGGGAACCCAUUGAUAUCCCCUUCAUGCCGAGUUUUACCUUCCAAAAGUGGAAAAUAAGUCCGGUUUUUUACCCAUAGUCAUAUUUUAAUUCUCUUUGAAACACAUCACCAAAUUAUUACUUAUACAAAUAAUGUUGGCAAUUAUUUGUAAAGAAUUUCGUAAACAUCCAAAAACUUUUUUAUAUAAAUUUCAAUAUUAACGUUUGGUACGAAAAUUAGGUCAAAAUGAACUGCUAGUGUAAGAAAUACCACAGAAACAUACAUUACUGCGGCUUAAAAUCUUUUUCAUUACUAAUUUCCUCAAUAUACAUUUGGAAAAUUGACCCACCUGAAUGGCGGAAGGUACCACAAAAGAAUGCAUUUCUCUAGAGAAUAAAGAAAAACCAAACGGAAAACAAACACAAAAAACAACAACAAAAUACAAUUUUUAACGCAAAUUUUUGAAACAAAAGCAUUUAUUACAAAACCGGUAUUACCACAACAACAAACAGCUAAUAUUUAUAACAAUACAAAAAGAUAAUCUACAAACAUUACGAUAAAUAAUAUAUUAUAAAAAAAAACAAAACAUUCCUUAACAAACUUACUAUAUCAAAACUAUAAACGAUUCAGUGUAUAAUAACUAUAAAGCUAUAACAAAACUCUCAAAAACAAAAUAAAAAUUAUUAUAAAACUGUUUACUAAACACAAUUGUUGUUAACAAAUCAAGAUUAUUAAACCAAUAAAGAUAAAACCAAAUAUUUAUAAACUUUAUUAUUAUACAUAUGAAGAAAAAAAAAACAACUAUAUAGAUAAAUCUGAAAAAAUAUUCAAAACAAAAAACAUUUAAUUUCUCCCAGAAAAAAAAACAGAAUACGAAAACAAAGCGAACAAACAAAUCACAAAAAACAACCAACCUUUAGCAAUUAGUUACCAUAUCUGAAAUUGAAAACAAAUUAAAAAAUACAAAAUUAUCUUAAACAAAAAUAAGAAAAAAUUGGGAAAAGCAUCUAUCUUAAUCUUCCUCCCCUAAACCCCCUUCUUAAAUUAUAUUUAAUAAAUAAAUUGGCUUUAGAGAAAAUUUAAAAACUAUAUAUACAACAUACUAUAUGAGAAAAACAAAUAAUUAAUGUUAUAUGAAAAUUGGAAAAUAAACAACAAGAACAACAAAAAUAUUUAAAAACUAAAUAUAAUAAUCAAAGUUAUAAGCCGUUAAUGCUUAAAAAAUCUAUGUAAACGAAUUGUAAAUUAAUUUUAAUGUUAUACAUUAAGAAUGAUUUUGUAUUUAUUAUUUUUUAUUUAAUAUUAUAUUUUUGUUAUAAAUUAUUAUUAAAUUUAGAUGUAAUAUUUAUUGGUUUCAAGAAAAUAAAAGCUAGUCUGAUUUCUUUCUCUCUCAUACUCUCUUUUGUACAACAUUUGCUGUAUUAUUCUCGACUUUGUUAAAAUAAAUUGUGGUAAUUUGAAAAUUCUA